AUGGGCUCCUCCACCGACGACAAGCCAGUCCCCAGGCCGUACAAGUGCCCCUACGUCCUCUGCGGCAGGGCCUUCUCCCGACUCGAGCACCAGACCCGCCACAUCCGCACCCACACCGGCGAGAAACCCUUUGUCUGCACCUUCCCCUCCUGCGAGAAACGCUUCUCAAGAUCAGACGAGCUCACCCGCCACUCCCGCAUACACAACAGCGACCACCCCCAUCCACAGCAGCAGCCCAAAAAGCCUGCAAAGCCAAAGCUCGACUUUCCCAUCUCCGAGGACACAACAUACCACCAUUCCCGCCCCACUGAUGACGCUGCCGCUCUCCGCGUAAAGAAGAAGGCUCGCAGUCGCGCCAAUAGCGAUGACGAGGAUGAAUCUUAUGCCCGCCCCACCGCCCUCAGCUCCUACGACCCUCCCCUCCCUCGCCGUGCCCACCCCGUAUCACAUCCUUCCGCAUUCACAACCCUAUCCUCCAUUGCCAUGGACGAAUUAUACGUCCUCGAGCGCCAAGAGGCCCUGCGCCGCGCAGAGUUCGAAGCUAGACACGCAGAGGCCUUGCGUCGUGCAGAGUCACAAACGCGGCAGCUGCAAGGAAUCAUCGAUGCACAUCCAAACUCACAGUCACGCCAUCGUCUCUCCAAAAGCGCAACAACAAGCCCGAUCAUGAGGAAUGCCCUCAAGCUCUCAUCUGCCGUACCCGAUGAGCGGAACUUUUUCGGCGUCUCCAGUGAGCGCGAUUGGCAGGGGCCACCGUUAUCUGCAUCCUCCUCCUCCCGCCCUUCCUCUGAAGAUAUCCAUCGCGUUGGAUCAAAGAGGCGUCUCAGUGGGCCGGCAUGGAUGGCCCCGCCCCAGCAGCAGCACGAUGCCCCAUUGGUCCAAUCUCGUUCCUCAGGGCACCUCGUCGAUAGCAUGCGCUCCGGUACCACCACUAAUCAUCACGCUAUCUGGCCCCAUCCUUAUCAUCACCCCAAUCACCAUCGGCACACAGGAGAGCGGUCCUCAGCCAACCGUCCGCACGACGAGUCCCCCUCACCGAUCAGCUCCGACGGCGAGCCCCUGCCCCUCAACCCAUCACAUUCCCCCCCGCGCAUGUUCCACAUUGGCUCUCAUCACCACCCUUCCGAACAGCAGAGCCCGCCGCACUACUCCGCCGUGCGCACUACGACUACUACCGCCCCAACGUCAGAGUUUGCGUUCACGCCCUCGACGAGCCCCUUCCUCGGGCCUUUGCGCACGCUCAACAUACACUCGGCCAACCCGUCCCGCGCACCGUCGCCUAUCCUCCUCCCGCCGCCCAGCUCGUCGCGGAGCUUUGACCCAAGAGAGCGUGAGCGGGACGGCGGGUUCUUCUUCGGCGCAGACGAGGCGCUGACGCUCCCGCACUCGCGCGCGGGGAGCACGUACGGCAGCCCGCCUGGCUCGGCCUCUGCGUUCCUGCACCACCACCACCAGCGAUCUGGCUCGGGCAAGACGCCCAUAACACACCCUUCCCACCAUCAGAGGCGGAGCGACGGGUACUUCCAGCCGCACCCCGCGUUCCAUACCAGCAACAGCUACCCCUCGUCGACAGCGUCGUCGGGCGGGAUAUCGAGCCAGUUGCCGACGCCGCAGCUCUCGAGCGGGCCGAGCAGUAGUGGGAGCAGCCCCGGGAGCUCGGGGCAUGGGGUCCUACCGGGGUCGGGGUCGGGGUUGAUGGCGCCGCCGUAUAUUGGUGGUCGCGAGCAUGGGGUGGGGCAGGGGCAUGGACAUAGUGGGAUGGGUGUAGGUGGAAGUGGGAGCGCCACCGGCAGUGGGACCCUGAGCGCCUCGAGCUCCCGCGCGCCGUCGCCUUUGCACUGGACGCGUGGGUCGCCGCCCAACUCUGCUUCGAUGAGCAGCCCGCACAGUGCCUCCCAUGCCUCGGGUGGUGUAGGGCAUGGAGCAGGUGGUGGUGGUGGUGUAGGAGCGGGACAUGGAAGUGGAAGUGGAAACCUGCACGGCCCACACCACCUCGCACAUUCGGUACGCAUGGCGUUUGGUAUGACGCCGAUACACCACCACUCGCACCCGCCGUCGCGGCGCUCGAGCCCGCCCCCACCCGUGCUGCCAAGGAACACGUCGUGGUCCGCCUCAGCGUCUAGCUCUGGACUGUUUGGCCACUCGUCUCAGCCACACCAUUACCCCGCAAGCACAGGGACGAUGGGAACGGCGAGCGUACCGCCCAGCAGGUCAGGAUCGCCGAGGAUCAAGCUGCCGCCGCUGAAGACGCUACCUGGCGUUGGGACAGCGUCGGCGUCGUCGACUGUGACGCCUGACUCGGAGGCGCCUACUAGCGGGCUAGGGUUGAUAACUGAGACGAAGGACAUGGAGGAGGACGGGGUAUUAUCGAGUAUGAAGGCGGAGGAAGGCAAGGAGAUGGGGAUAGGGAAAAUAAAUGGCGGGGACAAGGAGAAGGAGAAGGUCGAGCUGCCCGGGUUCAGCGAGUUCGAGGCUGCGACGCGGGCACCGCCGAGUCCUGUUGUUGGGAUUGGGGUUGGUGUGGGAGUAGGAUCGUUGGGAGCAGCGGAGAAGAUGUCGAUUGAUUUCGUGCGGUCGUGA